GGUGUGCAUCUCCAUUCUAAGGCACUCUCGCUGUGAAUACUUUUCCCACAUCGCUCAGAAGCACACUGCUGCUCAGAGGUUCCCUGCGGUGACAGACAUGAACCUGCCGUCCAGAGAAGAGUGUGAAGGAUGGGACCAGGUGAAAUUGGCCCUUUUUAUGUGCAAGAAUAACAUGCAAGACUGUGCUGCAACUGUGACCAGAUUAAAAAUUGAUGGACUCAGAUUUCUGAAUCUGUCCGAGAAUGAUAUCAGGAAGUUCAGCCUCCUUCAGCAGCCGCAACUUCAGAAAAUGGUUCAAGACAUCAAGAAAAAUGAUGGCAGUCUGCUGAAUAAAAUCAAAAGACUGAAAAACAAACCACGUCCGAACGUUCCUGUCAGAGACUACAGAGACUCCAGAGAAAAUGAUCACUGCUCUGAUCCAGAAUAUAACGACCCCUGCGAUGACCUACCUGACGACAAUUAUGAGCCUCCCCCACCCCAUAGAGAGUUCACUAGAAGUCCCUUCGCUUCCUUGCCAAGGGGGGAAUAUCUUGACAGCUGUCAUGCCCGACCAAGCCGACCCCCCAGGAAGCCCCUCCGCCCACUUAAAGUCUCCAAACAACUUCCUCCUGAACCCCCCCAUCAAGGGAGUGACAAAGAAGAAGACUACAUAGACCCAGAUCCCAACUUUGAGGAUGACUACAUAGAACCCACAGAGAAUUCAUCUCCAAGUGAAAAGCGAGCAGGGUACGACUAUCCACCUUUGCCUCCAACUAUACCAGAGCGUCCAUCCAGUCCUGAUGAUUUAUAUGAAGAACCUGAAAAACAGGAGGCAUCUACACCUCCCCAGAAAAGCAGAUUUUGUCCACCACCACAGUGUCCUUUACCAAAACCCAGCCCUAGGCUGAACAAGUGGGGACCCACACCUUCUGCCCAGCAACCCACAGACGAUGAUGAAUAUGAACUCUGUGAUCAAAAUAAUAGUUUCUGUCAUAAACCUCCAGGUGGUCCUCCCCCUCCCCGUCUACCCAAACCUUUAACAAGAGAGUCACCAAAGCUGCCUGUAUUGCCGAGACAAGAUAUGAAACCAAGACAAUUUGAAAGUAACUCCCUGCCUGUGAUGCACACUGAACAGAAACCGUGUCCGAAAGCUUUCUCACUGGAUCUGAAACGACCAAAAUUCCCUCUGCCACACAUUACACCACCAAAACCAGCUGAGAGGGGAAAUGCUGCUGCUGAAAAUGGGUCAACAGACCAAGACAAGGAUGCAGAUGUUUAUAACAAACCCUGGUUUGCAAGUACGUGUGACCGCAAGACUGCAGACGAUGCCUUAUUGCGAUCAAAUAAGGACGGUGCAUUCAUGGUAAGAAAGAGCUCCGGUCAGGAUGUGCGCCAGCCCUACACAUUAGUAGUAUUUUAUAAUGGCAGAGUCUACAACAUCCCAAUCCGCUUCAUGCCGAGCAUUAGGCAGUAUGCUCUGGGAAGAGAGAAGAAAGGAGAGGAGUACUUCAGCAGUGUCUCCCACAUCAUAGAGAACCACCAGAGGAAUCUUCUGGUGCUGAUCGACAGUCAGAGCAACACCAAAGACGCCACCAAGCUUUAUUAUCCUGUAAAGCCAUAGAUCACAAUCUCAACCAAAUGGUUGUAGAAGAACUUCUGAGGUUCACAGUGCAAGGCCCGUGUUCUUUCUCUUUGCAUCUUUCCCACCUAACUGCAUUUUCAAAGUGUGUCCAAGUAAACACAGAGUUGCAUGUGUUUAAAAUGCAGCUGCAUGGUAGUUACGGUUUAAAACAGCCCAACAGCUGCUCAACAGCUUUUUGCAGGAUUCCACUGCAGUCUUGAUUUUUCCACAUGGGGGAUGGGACUGGCCUUCAUAGAUGUUUAGUUAGGAGAAAUGUUUUAAAGUACAGCAAGUGUUCUUCUUGCUGUACAUGAUAAGCAGUGGUUUAUGCUUUAUGCUGACUUUUUUAUUUUUUUUCAGAAUGACAUUUUCGUUAGCUCCACCUAUUGUUUCCUUCAUUGUGACCAUUUCCUUAGGUGCAUAUAGGCAUCAUGAUAGUGCUACUUACAAGGGGGCGUUUGAGGUGAUUACAGCUUUUGCAUUUUACCACCUAUAAAACUUUCUUGGAUCUGGCACUUUCUUUCGUGUGCUUCAGCAUUCUCCUUUUAAGCAGUAGAUGUUCACACUUCUAUUAAAGAUUAUUUUUGUAAAAUACUUGAAUGCUUAGUCUUGUGUAGAAAUACUGUAGAAAUAUUCUGUAAGACCUUUCCCCAAAUGUUUGUUUUGGUGCUGUUUUCUUUUUCUGACAUUGUAUUAAAUUCUCCUAAUGAUA